CCAUCCUUGGCUUUGAGAUGGCCCAAAAUAAAGCCGGCUCUUAUCGCCUAAAUAUUAUCAGGCUGUUGAUAUACUUGAAACACCAUUGAAAACGUUUCCCCCCAGCAGGGAAUGACCCCAGUCCCUUGGGUUACAGACUGAAAUGCUAGAGUUGAGUUUAAUUUCAUCCUUUCACAGUAGAUGUGUCAGUUUUUACAAUGACUAGCUGAUUUUGGGGUGGGAGGGGAAGUGGUCUCAGGCGGGGAAUCGAAUCCCGGUCUCCCGAGAUACCAACCACUUUAUUACCAAGGACAGAUAUCAAAGUUAAAGUCAUUACGAAUGGCAAGUGCAUCUUUAAGCACUGUGAGUGCAGCCAUGAUUACAAAGGUGAAGUCAAACUUCACAUACAGGGUACAAUGACCAAACAAACAAGGCUGUCAAUAAGGGAAUACAUGAUAACAUACUGUACACACUGAUAGUACAUAGCCUACUCACACAAGGACCUUAUUCUAUAAAUAUAAGCCGAUAAGGCAAGCACAGUACUGGAGUGUAAAAUGCAAACCGCCAUGACAAGAAAUGGGGAAAUUAAGUGCGACUAUGACAUUCAGGCACUUCUAAAAAAUGUGCUCAACAUACGCCACUCACACAUGUGGCAAAAAUAAGAAGCAAUAAAAGCAAAAUCCCUAGGCUUACAUAAAUAGCACAUCGAAAAACUUCACAAAUCUUCCCCAAAAUACAAGGAAUAAAUCAUGACAUUGUCACAAAGCUUAUCUUGAAAUUUACAAAUAACAAGUAAGACGGAAUUUUCCUUUAAACUAAUAACAGUUGUAGGCUAAAUAAGUACUCGUGCACAGCUUAACAAGAACUACAAUAUUUAUGAGUUCGAACUUGAGUGUUAUAGACGACAACUCCAUCAGAAGGGGAAUCACCUGGUUCCUGACCAGUGCUACAGAUUCCGGCUUCCUGGGGUGUUCCAGUCCAAUAUUUAGCUUGAAGUUCAACUUAGCUGGGCUUGAUCGCCGCGAACUGCAAACGGCAAAGACCCGAAAACUCACAGGACGGUACAGCCUCGUGUCUCCUUCCCGUCCGCAGCGGUGCAACACCGAAGCGACCGUAACCACAUGGACAUCAGGGACUGACGACUCGGACUCAAGAACCUCCAUGGUGAAAAUCGUGCAGCCUCACCACCAAGCCACAGUAACGGUCCAAGACAUCAGGCAGGGUCGGACAUGAAGCACACAUGCCUGCCAAAACAGUAGCCUCCAUCCUGUCUACGACGCCAUUUUUGUAGUGGUCCGGCCCCUGGCCGAUCGCUCGGGGGCGGCGGUCCGUCCGCCACUGAAGGGGGAAUUGGAGGCCAGGCAGGCAAAAAGAAAGUUCAGCAGGCACCGAAAGACUUGGGUGUUCAAGCGGACUGGAUUUCUUUUAUAAUCACAACUGCUUGGACAAUUAAAUUGGUGCUAAUCUACGUGAUUCCCGGCCGAGCCAUCACAACAUCCAUCCACCCAGUCGUCUCGCACAGCACUCCCCGCUCUCCUGAAAAAACCUCGGGAACCCGCCCAACUUCAGUGCCGCCAAAAAGUAUCAUAUUAUAGGCCACUUCCGGCCGACAGGCAAGACCUACAGAAAAUACUUAACUGUACAUGUACAUGCUGUGCACCCGAUAUCCACGUGGGCCCAAUCACGCCUUGAAGGCGUGCACAAGGUCCAAAGCUCACACAAUUCGCUAAAUUAGAUGGGGAAUUCCCAGAUCCCUACAUUAUUAGUUUGCAGAGUGAGGAUGGAGCUGGUCGGUGAACGCUGCACAUUGCCUAAAAUUAGAUUCACUAAACUUCAAUCAUAAUAUCACCAUCGCGCAAGCCCGCUAGUGUGAUUUCAAACAGAAUCUGAAUUCAGUCGUUCGACCGUGUACCAAAGACCAUUACUGCCUUUCUUCGUCUGAGAUGAACCGCCGUUACCUUGUUUCCGACAGCUGUAGCGCUCGAUUAGCACCGUUGGCGUCACGGUGCAGUGAUCGCCUCAUCAUCAGGCUGAUAGCGGCUGUAGUCAUCCUUUUCCUGGCUGUCACGUUAUACCUGAAUGCUACCAGUCCAUUCAACUAUGAAUUAAUAGUAACACUUGAGAGGGUUAAGAACAGAAGACUGAUGAGUUCUCUGUGUUCCAUGCUCGGUUCUCACUGCCUAAAGGGGAGCUGGGAGCACACAACCGCUGCAACGACAUCGACCGAGCCGGUCAAUCCAACCUGGGAUGUCAACCGUUACGCUAAUCGUUUCUUCUGGGAAACAGUCCACGGUUCUGAAGGUUUCGUGACCUUCAAAGGAGGAAAAGGACGGGAACUUGCUUUCCGAAAAAGCCCAGUCUAUGUUCCAUCGAAAUGCUCGACCUCGGUCGCACAGAGAAUGUCUCAUAAUAGGCGGGGCCCGACCAUAUUCCACCCAGAGCUCCAUUUGUUGAUGAACAGCGAACUCUUAAACAAGUCUGAGUACCUACGGUUGGCUCCGUUUUACAUGCCGUUCGGUUACAAAAACAAGAGAAAGUUCAGCUUUAAAGAUGUGCUAGCAACGCUCAAGCUAUUCCCGGCCAAGAGCUCCAUAUUCGAAUUCUCAAAGGACAAACCCCGGCCGGAAUGUCUGUCCUGUGCAGUCGUCUGCAACGGGGGUGUACUCAACGGAUCUAAAAAGGGUGAAGAGAUUGACAACCAUCACAUGGUCUUCCGCGUUAACAAAGCUGUGAGAAGACACCAUGAAAAGGAUGUUGGCCAGCGGGCGACGCAUUACUUUUUCUUCGAUCGAUCUCUACGCAACACCAGCGUGGUUGACGUUCCUGCUGACAAAGGAUUAAUUUAUGUAUUUGUACCUUGCCGGGACAACGACUACAAAUACAUCACCUCUGUCGUACGAGGCCUGGAGCCGAAGAUCAAAGUAGCAACUCAAGAUAUCAGAAUACUACAUCCAGACUUCAUUAGAUACAUCAUGAAGAUAUGGGUGCAUUCUCCCCUGAAGUCCUUCCGUCCGACCACGGGGACUCUGAUGCUGAUGACCGCCCUGCAUUCUGGCUGCGACCAGGUCAGCGUCUACGGAAUGGGCUACACCGACAAGUACACCCUGUAUUACUACGACUCGGCGUAUCGCCGCUUCCACAUGGACAAGUCGUCCCACGACACGCAGAGCGAGCUGGCCAUCCUGAAGGGCCUAGACCGGGCGGGGAUCAUCACCUGGUACAAGCGGGACGUGGAGGAGUUCCACACUUCGUGAUGUAUUGGCCAUCAAAAUCAUUCGUCAGCCAUUCGGGAAAUCAUGCCAAAUAACUCCCUCACCUCUUCAGCCAUACAUCAGGUUUAAAGGAAUCAACGAAAUCGAAAUAAUUUUGGUGCAAUUUUGUAUCCAGGUGUGGGGAGGGGCAAAAAAUGGGAUUUAUUCGUAAAAACAACAAUUUAAAUUUGUUUCCCUCGUCCCCUCCCCAGAAUUUUGCUUACACCACCCACUGGGUAGCCAGACUCAAGCAAAGGUUAUAAUCAUAACUAUAGUGAGGAUUUUUUUUUCAGGGGGAAGUCGGACAGUUUCACAAGUGAAGUUUCCGCGAGGCUUGAAGGCUAGUCUCUUCUCAAGAUUGACAAUAAAACCCUUUGCAUUGGAAAGUGAAUGCAGUAUCCUCAACUUGAAAAGAUCAGUGCGAGCGGCUUCGCCACCCGUACCGCACUCGCUUUGGUAGUCUUCGUCGUGCUAGCAUUGAUGUCCAUUGCGUGCUAGCAGUCGAGGUGCGCGCGUGUCUAGGUACAUGUACAUGUACUAGGCGCGCCUAGAGUAAAGGCUACAUCGACCGAAGAUCUGGGGUUGGGUUUGGCACAGAUGUUUGCAGAGAGAGAGUUGCGACAUGUGUGUCUAAAUUGUGGUGUAAAAAUGUGGAUUAUAUGUCAGUACACGUGGCCAAUUAACACACAAAAGCUGCAUGCUGUAUUGACUCAUAAGGAGAGCCAUUUAGUUGCAGAGUCUGAAGUUAGCGAAACUCUCUUUACAUCAGCUCUGGGUUAGGAUGGAAUGAGCGUCAACCCUUUCCCCAGCCUGACAUCCCCAAAAGUAACAACUGAGUAAAAAUUCAAAUAACAAUAAAGUCAAUAUAGUAAUAAUAAAAAAGUGAAAUCAUGUAAGGGCUAUUAUUUAUGGCGAUUGUAAGGAAUUACUGUCUGCCGGGUUGCAACAAUCAGACAUUAAAAAAAUCUUACAUCAGCCCUGACCUCCCCGGAAAAUUCCUGGAUCCGCCCCAGUACACUGUUUGAAUUCGAAAGCACGAAGUUAUGCUUACAAAAAAUCUUUCAUACUCGUUCGAGGAGUAAUGACAGCCAUGGAACCGUUGCUAUUUUAUCCAUUAUAUGUCUUUACGUAAUGUUGUAAACGGAUAAUACUGAUGUCGAAUGUAAUUUAUCAUGGGUUUGUUUGGUAGAUUUUAUGUGCUCGUCUUACCUCACUGGACUUCAGUGGGUAGUCUGGUGAUUUUUAUUGAAUUGAUGAUAAUUAAAUAGGUGUUAUGCAGUUUAUUAUACAUAUAGGCCUAUUUGAAUAUAAGUUUUCAGCACGUUCUGAGCAAUUGUUGCUGUAGUCGUUAAAGGGUAACUGGAUCAUUGUUUUUUAUUACAAACUUGCACAAUGCACCUUUGUGCCUCAGUAAAACUUGUUUUCAACUUUGGUUUCACUAUU